AUGACGAAGUCCACAUUGUCGUGGCCUGCCAAGAGUAGCGGAUAUAAGUGCUCCCGCAGAUCUUCCCAAACCCUAAAUCGAUUCAUUCCCAACCCUCAUCCCCUCUCUGUUUUUUCUCUCUCCCAGACUCCAGUCUUCCUCCCGAAGCCCCGCCGGCCGCCGCCACCAGCCAGGGCAUCAGGCGCCGGCCGCGCCGGGCCGCCUUGCACCGGGCGCUGCGCCGUCGCCGUGCUCCGGCCCCACCGCGCCGGCCCGCCGUGCUCCGGGUGCCGGGCCGCCGCACGCCGCGUCGCCGACCGCGCCACUCCUAGUCGCUGCACGCCGUCAGAUCUGCGUCCGCAGAUCCUCUUGGUUUUCCCGUGGCUCAUCCUCACCUGCCAUGUUCCAUCCGCAUCUUUAGCUACACCAAAUCCACAUUCAAGGUUGGAGUUCUUUAGCGAUGUCACUGCAAAGCACUGUAUUUGCUUUGCCUCAGAUCAAAUGGAAAGGCAAGGAUGGAAAUCGUGGAUAAAGGGACCAAAGGAUACCUUAGGAGGUCAAGAGCCAAACUCUGAUGAUGAUAUUGUGGAGUUUUUUUUGGUACAGUUUAUGAAACAAGUUUAUUUGGUGAACAUAGGCAUUCAUUUAGCUGGUUCAUGCCCACAAUUUUUAGUUUUGUAUUAGUUGAAUGGUCAAGACAUGUGACAAAGUGAUAUGUUAUGAAAUGGUUGUAAUG